UUUUGAAUCCCUCGAAUAUUUGUCAUAGUUUUAGUAACAACUUCCGGCCAAUGCAAUGUUUGCCAGGUGAUUGGAGAAUCAUUUGAGAACUGUGCAGAUUGUCAACUGUGACGGUGCAGCAUGUUCGGGAAAAUGUUGUUUCAACACGAUAGGAUUGUUAUGGAGGGUGAGGGUGACCUACAUUCGGCACCCAAAAACUGUGCAUGGCGCUACGGUAGAGAGGUGAGAGGCAGAUGACUUCCACAUGGUCCAGUGAUGACCUGUCCGCAGGAGCAAGCGGGAUGACAAAAGCAGAGGAGGAUCCCGACAGUCCAUCCAACGAUGAUCUGUCAAAUGAUGCUGAGGGGGUGUGGUCACCAGACAUCGAACAGAGCUUCCAGGAGGCACUUGCCAUAUACCCGCCUUGUGGCAGGCGGAAAAUCAUUCUGUCAGAUGAGGGCAAGAUGUAUGGUCGAAAUGAAUUAAUAGCCAGAUAUAUCAAACUGCGAACGGGAAAAACCAGAACAAGAAAACAAGUGUCAUCUCAUAUACAAGUGCUCGCCCGCCGAAAAGCCAAAGAGAUUCAGGCGCAACUCAAGGUACCUCAUACUAUUCCUAUGCAGGAUCAGGCAGCCAAGGACAAAGCCCUACAAAGCAUGGCCUCCAUGUCUUCUGCCCAAAUAGUGUCUGCUAGUGCUAUUCACAACAAGGCCUUGGCCCAGGGGCUUGGAAUCGUCCAAAAUAUGGGAGGGGUCAGGCCGUCCUACCCCUCCCCCGGGGGACCACAGUUUUGGCAUCAGAAUUCUCUGGGACCUCAAGCAGACGUGAAGCCCCCUUUUGGUGCAUCAGGUUAUAUAGAUGCCAAGCCGCCAAACUCCAUGAACAAUGAAAUGGUUGCCCCAGCAUGGCAGGGUCGUUCUAUAGCAGGGCCUAAAGUUCGCCUCGUUGAGUUCUCAGCUUUUCUGGAACAGCAGAGAGAUCCAGACUCGUACAACAAACAUUUAUUUGUCCACAUUGGUUCCAACCCUACUUAUUCUGAUCCCAUGCUGGAAGCUAUUGACAUUCGACAGAUUUAUGACAAAUUUCCAGAGAAGAAAGGUGGAUUAAAAGAACUGUACGAUAAAGGACCACAGUCAGCAUUCUUCCUUGUUAAAUUCUGGGCGGACAUCAACACAAAUGUUCAGGACGAGGCCGGAGCGUUUUAUGGGGUUACGAGUCAGUAUGAGAGUAGUGAAAAUAUGACCAUCACAUGUUCAACCAAAGUGUGUUCAUUUGGGAAACAGGUCGUCGAAAAGGUCGAGACGGAAUAUCCCCGGUUUGAGAGUGGUCGUUUUGUGUACAGAAUACACAGAUCUCCCAUGUGUGAAUACAUGAUCAACUUCAUCCACAAACUUAAACACCUACCUGAAAAAUACAUGAUGAACAGUGUGCUGGAAAACUUCACCAUUCUACAGGUCGUUAGCAACAGAGAGACUCAGGAGACACUUUUAUGUACGGCCUACGUGUUUGAGGUGUCAACCAGUGAGCACGGCGCACAGCACCACAUAUACAGACUGGUCAAGGACUGACCGCCUCAAAGUGAUAACUGACAUGUAGUGAACAUUUCACUUUAACUACAGCAUUUAAGUGCCACAGUCUGAAAUGACUGUUUAAGAGUUAUCUCCUCACAACUUCCUGUAGAACUGAGAAUCACAGGUUAACUCUCCACAGAGAAAGGUCACACAGGAGUGGCAUUACCUGUUCAUGCAUACCUGUGGCCUUUGAGACUUAGUAGGAAGAAAAAUAAGGAUUAUUUCUCUGAUUCCAAGUCCAACGGCUGGACACUGUCGGAGCUCUUCAAUCACAUCUGGAACGAAAAAACCAUAUUUCCGUCACAAAAAGCUGCAAAGUUUAUGAAGAGUUCAUCUUAUCAGAGGUUGUACAAUGUAAGCUAUAAGCUGAUAGUUUUGUUAUGGACAUAAUAUUGCUUAGUUUUAGUUCUUCUUUAAGGAUAUCUUAACUAGUGAUGAAGUUCCUACAUAUUGAUAUCUGUUCAGUGAUGAGGUUCUUAUGUAAGGAUAUCUAACCAGUGAUGGGGUUCUUAUGUAAGGAUAUCUAACCAGUGAUGAGGUUCAUAUGUAAGGAUAUCUUAACUAGUGAUGAAGUUCUUACAUAUUGAUAUCUGUUCAGUGAUGAGGCUCUUAUGUAAGGAUAUCUUACCAGUGAUGGGGUUCCUACGUAAGGAUAUCUUAUCAGUGAUGGGGUUCCUACCUAAGGAUAUCUAACUAGUGAUGAGGUUCUUAUGUAAGGAUAUCUGAUCAGUGAUGAGGUUCCUAUGUAAGGAUAUCUGAUCAGAGAUGAGGUUCUUAUGUAAGGAUAUCUGGUCAGUGAUGGGGUUCCUAUGUAAGGAUAUCUGACCAGUGAUGAGGUUCCUAUGUAAGGAUAUCUGAUCAGUAGUGAGGUUCUUAUGUAAGGUUAUCUGACCAGUGAUGAGGUUCCUAUGUAAGGAUAUCUAACUAGUGAUGAAGUUCCUAUGUAAGGAUAUCUAACUAGUGAUGAGGUUCCUAUGUAAGGAUAUCUAACAAAUGAUUAGGUUCCUAUGUAAGGAUAUCUAACCAGUGAUGAGGUUCUUAUGUAAGGAUAUCUAAUCAGAGUUGAGGUUCCUAUGUAAGGAUAUCUAACAAAUGAUUAGGUUCUUAUGUAAGGAUAUCUAAUCAGAGAUGAGGUUCCUAUGUAAGGAUAUCUAACUAGUGAUGAGGUUCCUAUGUAAGGAUAUCUGACCAGUUAUGAGGUUCUUAUGUAAGGAUAUCUGGUCAGUGAUGAGGUUCCUAUAUAAGGAUAUCUGAUCAGUGAUGAGGUUCCUAUGUAAGGAUAUCUAACAAGUGAUGAGGUUCUUAUGUAAGGAUAUCUGAUCAGUGAUGAGGUUCCUAUGUAAGGAUAUCUAACUAGUGAUGAGGUUCUUAUGUAAGGAUAUCUGACCAGUUAUGAGGUUCCCAUGUAAGGAUAUCUAUUCAGUGACGAGGUUCCUAUGUAAGGAUAUCUGAUCAGUGAUGGGGUUCCUAUGUAAGGAUAUCUAACAAAUGAUUAGGUUCCUAUGUAAGGAUAUCUGAUCAGUGAUGGGUUCCUGAGUAAGGAUAUCUGUUCAGAGAUGAGGUUCCUAUGUAAGGAUAUCUGAUCAGUGAUGGGGUUCCUGAGUAAGGAUAUCUGUUCAGAGAUGAGGUUCCUACAUAAGAAUAUCUGAUCAGUGAUGGGGUUCCGGAGUUAGGUUAUCUGUUCAGAGAUGAGGUUCCUAUGUAAGGAUAUCUGAUCAGUGAUGGGGUUCCGGAGUAAGGAUAUCUGUUCAGAGAUGAGGUUUCUGUGUAGGGAUAUCUGACUAGUCCUUGAGGAUAUAUCCAACCAGCGAUUAAGUUAUGUUGUGAUGCAAUAAUAAUACACACAUGAAAUGUGUGCUGUCGUAAGAAGACAACAUAUUGUUAUUACAUAUGGGCUAAGUUGUUCAAAGCAUUAUUAAUAUAAUUAGAUUUCAUUGCAAUAUGUUUUUCAAUAAAGGAUAAACAUGUGAGAGUCCAACUUUGGCAAUAAAGGUUGGUUUCCUUGUUGGAUAUCGUACCGACUUUAAAAACAAUAUGUAAAGAUUACUGGUGUAAUUCCUUUGUAACUGUCGGGUACUGUUCACCAGUUAACAAUGGUUUGAACAACUUGGCUCAGAUGAAUUAUAGACCUCCCACCAACUUUAUAAAAUCAAAUAUAUAUUUUUGUUAGCAGUGAUUGUAUAGAUGGCAAUGGAGGCCUGUGUUAUGGUAGUUUAUUUGUUAUGAAUAUUGUAUGAAUAUUGAAGAGAUCAUUUGAAUUCAUGAAUAGUUAUGGUUACUUAUGCAUAUUCAGCAGUCACAAUGGAGUAUUGUUGUUUGAUUUGUUUAUGAGAAAUAAAAAUGUUAUUUUUAACAAAAUCUGUUUGAGGACGGUGCUUUAAGAGAGGAUUAUGUAGUAGAAAUUGUAAGGACACCUGUUAAUGAUCUCAAAUUUAUCAUGUUUAUCAUUUAUCAUACUGCUUGUAUAACACACGCACUCACUUCUCCAUAGAAAUAUGGAAGGAAAUUCAAUCACAAAUCAUUAUUCAUGAAAAAAUACAUCAAUUUAUCAACAUGAGCUUUAUAUAAUUGAUGUUGAUUUAAAUGGUAAAUAAUCAAUUGUUUCACAAUUGAUUGUUAAAUAGAUUCAGUUAAUUGAUAUGAACUGUUUAAGCUAUGAUGGUUUUAAAUAAUCAUGUUAUGGUCCUUAGCUGAAACAUCCACUUAUUUUAUUAGUCAUGUGAUCAAAUAUUCGCUGCAGUGCUCAUGUGACCAAUAGUCUCUAAUGAUCAUGUGAUCAGAUAGUCUUGGCAAUGGUCAUGUGAUCAGAUAGUCUCGGCAAUGGUCAUGUGAUCAGAUAGUCUCGGCAAUGGUCAUGUGAUCAAAUAGUUUCGGCAGUGAUCAUGUGAUCAGAUAGUCUUGCAGCACAAUCUCCUCUCUAUAUUACAGAUGCAGAACAAAUGUAAAUAUAUAUAACAACUGUUUAGCACUUGUGUGUUUGUACAAGCCAGGAUGUGAUGCAUGAUAAUAAAUUCUGAUUUAUGAGACUUUCAGUAUGUUAGGAAGCUCCCAAUGACAAUGCUACAACGCGUGUCAGGUACACCACUAUUGUCAUUGAUGUAGCUGUUUUCGGUGCUGAUCCCAGUAAUAAUAUUAAUGGAACUUAACAGAAUUUUAAUAGAGGGCAAAUUAUUAUUCUUGACAAUAAAUCGAAGAUUUUCUGGUUAAGAUGUAUGUUAUUGCUUUAGCCAUUGUGGGCACUUGUUUGAUAUCAGUUUUCCUUAUUUACAGUGACACUGUUAAACUCUCGUGUUCACAAACUAGCACGUCAUAGAAUAACCAGCAUGUCAUAGAAUAACCAGAAACCUUUCAUAUUGACUCACUGUAUCAAUUUGGAAACUUUGCUUUUCUUGAACUGCAUCACAGUGCAUGGUCAAAAUUUGAAUUUAAAUUAAAUCAUUUGAUUUGUUUGUUAUUCUUUGAAACAGGGAAUCAAUCAUAUUUCUAAUUAUUUAACAUUUUAGAAAUGAAUUGUAGUCAGACUAUUGGAGUAUAGAAUAACAAAGCUAUAUAGUGAUACAAUAUUUGUUACAGAAGUUUUUUUAUUCAAAAAAGCUAUUUUUAAACUUUGAACAAAACUGCAUGAUCUUUUUUUUUUUAUAAUCUGUUUUGCAGGGCCAUUAUUGGUUCAAAUUUUAUCACAGUAGUUCUUAAUCAUUCUGUAGUGUAUUAUACAUUGUGAUAAUGUAAUCCAAGUUAUAAAUUCUCUUUUGUCAUGAGAGAUAAAGCCAAAAAAGCUUUAUUUUUUCCUUCAAAAUUUGAAGUUUUGCCAUAAAGAAAACCUAUGAUAGGAAGGGUAAACUACUGCUUGUACCAAUACCAUUAAUGUAAUAUGCACAUUCUACAUAGUCUCAUCUUAACAAAUGUCACUACGGGAAAUUUUACCUUUCCUUUUUAUCUGUGUCUUAAAACCUACGAAUGCAACACAAUUUUGAUAGAUGUCGAUUUGUAUGGUACAAGAACUUGUACGUAAUUACUGCCUUAUAGAUAAUCCGCCCACCAGAUUACUAGAACUCUUUUAUUAUAUUUCAGAAAAAAAAGAGUUUUUUAAGCUGUAUGAAAUAUAUGUGAAUAUUUUUAUUGUAACACGAAGAAAUUAUUUAUACACUGCAAGCAUUGUAAUUUGAUGAUGUACGUGUAUUUAAAUACCCCAAAACCCAGACCAUUCUAAAAUAGUCUUUAUGUUGAAGGUAUGUUUUACUGUGAAGUAAAUUGAUUGAUUUGAGAAUUUGUAUUAUAAAACCAAUAUACCAGAUUGUUACGGGAUGUGUGUGAUAUACAUAUCAUCUGUGUAAGAGAGUUGUAUACAUGUACUAAUAGUUUUACUUGAUCUGUGUAAGAGAGUUGUAUACAUGUAAUCAUAGUUUUACACUGUUUUUGAACUGAACUACAUCAUGCAUUUCUAUGUCUGUAUUUCCUUUUAAUGCUGAAGGAUCAAAAUCACAUGGUUUAACAUAAAAUAUCACGCUACUGAAUGGUGUUGUAUAUGAUAACAUUCUAGUUGUUGUUAUCAUGAUGUUGAUAUUUUAAUAAUGUCACUAAACUUAUUUUGGCAUAUGACACUGUAUGCAUAAAAUUUUCUGUCAUCCUGUCAAUAUAGUAAAUAUUUUCUUGUACAUAUUCACGCAAGUUGUUCAAUUGUCUAGUUAUAAUUUUUAUCAGAUUGUUAAUAUAUAAGAUAAAAUGGUCAUUGUUUGGUGCAUUUUAUUCAUUUUAUCAUCAGCCAUUAUAACACGUACAUAUUAUAACAUCACUGAUUCAUUUUAUGCAAAAUUGAGAGUUUUAAAACUACUGAUCAAUCCUAUAGUCUACAACACUGGAACAUUUAUUUCAAAACUACAUAUAGAAUAGGUUGUAAGUGGAAAUGGUGAACUUAACUCGACUUAAAAAAGUCAACAUAAAUUUUAACUUUUUUAUGUGUUAAUUCUACACCACUGUAGAUUCUACAUAUGACAUAAACCUGUUUUAUGUUUUACUAACAUGUACCAUGUUACCAGAUACCAGUGCCUUUUGUGUACUCGCAGCCCUCCAGACACUUACUCCGAUAAUAAGGCAGAUGGACACGCUGGCCCACCAUCCAAUUUGUCCAGCAAUGUCCAGUAGGGGGCAGUAAUAGUCUAAUGUUUACAUUUGAUUGGUAAAAUACAGUUUUUUAUUAAAAUAUUUACAACUUCAAAUGGUUUCAUCUUUAUCCUGGAUUAUUUUUUAUUCAAAACAUAAUAAAGAUGAAAAGGCAUACAUAAACAUGUUUUCAGAAAGACUUUGAUAUCGUGACAUGUUGAUGGAAUAUUAUUGAGGUGUUUUAUGUGUUUUUAUUAAAAGUAUGCAAUAGUUAUCACAGAGGCCAAAUACAAGAGUUUAUAAUCUAUGUACUACUAGGGACUGGGAGACCGGUUACCUAGAAUUAACAUACAAUGUAUGUAAUAAUUUGGUGUAAAAAUAAGCAAUACAGGUUUUAAUUAAUUUUGUUGAAUGAAAUUUUGUUGGUUUGUAAUAGAGAAAUUCAUUUAUGUUGAUGUUCAUUGAAAACCAUUUUAAUGUGUUACUUGUGUGUUCUUGUUUCGUGGUCACUUUGAUCAGAACUUCAUAGAAGUAUUCAAUUUGAAAGGUGUUGUAAUGGUUUUUCCCCACAAAUUUUCACAAUUUUUGAGUGUGAUUAGUAAUUAAGGAGAAGUAACUCUGACAUUUAUUGGGUAUUUGAAGUGUUGUAUUAUAAACCAAUGUAGUGCUACUGGAAGGUAUGUGAUAUCAAACCUAAAAUUGAUGCAGAUUUUCUUGCCUUACAUUGUAAAUGACAUCUUUCUUACAGGUUUAUAUCAUUGUUUAAACAUUCAAAUAAGAACCCACAGAUAUUAAUGUAAGUUUUUAAACUGUUUACAGAUUUUCCAUGUAAACAAUUUGACCUGGAUUCAUGAAUGUAAAUCUGUGAGGUAUGACAUUUCUUAUAAGCACAUAGUAUUGGUUCAGAGAAAUGCAUAUUAAAGACAUUGAAAAUCUUCCGUGUACCCCAGUAUGAGUAUUGUUUACGGUACUAGUAAAGAGAGGAAUUGACAAAAUCAUCGGUGCUGAAUUAGAAUAUGCAAAUGACUUUUUGUAAUUCUGCUGUUAAAAGAAUACAUCAUUGUUUGUGUUUAGUGUUACUGGUGUUUUUUUCUGUAAUUAUUUCUUUACAAGUGACCUCAAAGUUAAUUGUAUGAGCCAAAACAAUACAUUAGGUUUACUUGACUGACAAGUUUGUCACUGCUUCUAGAUUUCAUACAUCAACCAUAUUAUCAUUUCAUACACCAAUAUCUUGGUAACAACUUUAUUCCUAAACCUCUAUCUCAUCAUAUCUAACAUAUGUAUCCUGGUGUGGAUUAAGAACAUCUGAACGCUUUUGUUAUAUCACACAUUUUAAUUCAAAUCUAUUUAUGAUGAAGGUGAUUAUAAAAAGUGUCUGUUAAUGGGUAGUUAAUUGUUAAGUAUAACUUACACCAACACUUUGGAUGAUUUGUUUUUAACAUGUCAAUCUAAGGGCUACAUUUUUUUGAUAACUUUGUCGAUACAUAAUACCUGUCUGAGGUAUAUACACUGCUUUUUCUGUUUCCACAAGAAUGUGUGGAGUUCUAUGUUUAUGGUUGGAUAAAGUUUAUUUUUUAAUAUUUGAUGUUAGCUAUAAGUUUGUUGUACAUUAAGAGUUGAGAUGGCUUUGAUACCUGCCUUUACCCGGUUAUGUCCCUUGAUGGAUACCGCCCCUGUUGUCCCCAUAGUCUAUGUACAGGUCCAGUGAUCACCUUAUACUUUUUGAAUGGAGCUUUGUUUUUCUGCUGUACUUUUGUAUGAAAAACAACAGAAGGUAAACUAAAGUAUUAAAAAUGAAAUAAGUUUA